CAUGCAUGUACAUACAUAGUCCUUUUAUAAAAUUAAACGAAUUUAAUUAUUUAUCGCUAGUUUAUGUAAGUUCAUGAUAAGAGAAUCGUGAUAAAUUUAUACCAGUUAUAUUAACUUUUACAUUGUAGUUAUCAGUGUUGAUAAAAUAAUUGUAGACAACUGACAUAACCUAGCAGGUUAAUAGUUUUUAAACUUUUACAAUGAUCCGAACAUUGUUAUUGUUAAUUUUUUUAUUGUUUACAUCAAUUAAUGCGGUUACUGAAGAAGAUGAAGGUGUCAAAUAUGCUAAUAAAUGUGAAGUGUGUAAAGUAUUUUCUAUGGAACUGGAAGCUAGGCUAGAUGAGACUGGAAAGACUCAUGAUGUCCUGGAAGUUGGUUAUUCCUUGGACGAUAUUGCUCCAAAAAAGAAAAAGGAGUACAAACAAUCCGAACUGAGGCUGGUUGAAUCAUUGGAAGAUAUUUGUGAACGUAUUUUAGAGUAUAAUAUUCAUAAGGAACGUGAUGAUAGCACGAGAUUUUCUAAAGGAAUGAGUCAAACAUUCAAAACUCUCCAUGGUCUUGUAGAUAAAGGAGUUAAAGUUGAGCUAGGAAUACCCUAUGAAUUAUGGGACAAGCCAUCUGUUGAAAUAACGACCUUGAAAACACAAUGUGAAGAUAUGCUGGAGAAUCAUGAGUCAGAUAUUGAAGAAUGGUAUUUCAAUCAUCAAGGAAAAAUACCCCUUGAAAGGUAUCUUUGUUCCGAGCGGGUGCUCAUAGACGAUGAUGACUCAUGUCUCAAAGAAAAAGGCGACAUAGGCAAAGAUCGCCGCGAUAAGAAGUCUAAAGAUAAAACCAAGAAACCUAAUGAUGAAAAUAAAGUUAAAAAUUCUAAACAAGAAUUAUAGUUAACAAUUUACUUGACUGAUUUUAAUUAUACACUUAAUAAUAGUUUAGGUUUUGUGUCACUCAAAGUUAACUUUUAUUAACUGAAGUUGUUUUUAU